GGCGGCAGAAGCAAAAUUGAGCUGACGGCGCCGAGCUCGAUGGCCGCCAACGACAACGCCGUCGCGCAGUCGAUCAUCGACCGCCUCAUGCCCGCGAUCCCGCGCUUCAUCUUUGAGAGUCUACGCACCGACCCGAUGCUGCGGCUUCUACUCUGCGGCUACGUCAUAUGCGUCGUGCUGAUUCUCGCCCCCUUGGUUCUCGUCCCACUGUGCAUCUGCCUCAAGGUGGACGGCCUCAUCGCCGCGCCGUGGCGAAUCGCCUUGACGCCGCUCUGGGGCUUUGAAGCUCUCUGUAUCGCCGGCGCCUUUGCGGGGCUGUUUGUCGAAGACUCGGACGCCCAAGCCGCCGACGUCAGCGCAGUCAUAGAAGAGACAGACGCAAUAUAUCUCGAGGAAGGCGCCAACAAGAGCCCAAAGACGUACGGCACCACCGACGCGACCGUCGAUGCAGCUCCCAAGGCACUGGACGAUGACGUCGCCGACGCACCACAACCAACGAGCACCCGUCCCAAGAUGAUGCUAUCCACGCGCGAAUUCGUCGGCGGUACCUGCACCUGCAUCGUGCAUUUCCUUGUAGCCCUGCGCAUGGACGGUGUCUUCGAGUGCGCAUGGAUCUGGUUGUUCCUCGCCUUUGUCGCCUCGGAUGUGAUCGGCGGCCCCGAGAUCGGCGGUACGGGGCUCCUCGUCCAGUAUUUGCUCAUCUUUCUCAAGCUCGACAACACGCUCACGUGGAGCUGGGCCGUCAUUUUGAUUCCUACGUGGUUCGCCAUCGGUGUCGUCGUUCUUCUACUUCCAUGCUUCGUGUACAUUGCUGCCAAGGAAUUUGACGUCGUCUCGCCGCCUGCGAUUGCUGCAUUUAGUCUUGCGGGCCUUGUGGCAGCCGGCGCGAUCGUCGCCUCGCUGGUUCUCAUCACGCUCAAGCUCCAAGGGGCUGACACGUACUCGGCGUUUGAGACGUGUCUGCCCUACUUUGCCUCGCUGAUUUUGCUUAUUGCCAUCGGCGCGUUGGCCAUCUUUAUGUUUUGGCCGAUUCCACCUCCCCAAGUUGAGGAAGGCGAAGCGAUUGCAGAAGACGAGACUGCAGCAAGUACCACGACCGACGCACUCGCUACUACGAGUUCAGAGACUGUGUUGUAGUCGACAAGUGCAGUAGAAAUAAUAACAGUGGUACAGAGCGACGAUGACAAAAAGGUUUUAGUGGUGGCGCUUUUUCGUCAACCUUGAAACACACAAAAAAUGUCUACUAAACUGAGCACUAAA